ACUAUCGCGAAAAGACGUCGUCGUCGUCGUCGAUUUCGCUUGAAAUUUGCCUUCCUUUCCGAGACGGGUGCGUGGCGAGUCGUCCGGCCGUGUUUUUACCGUUCGGUUCCGUGGUGAGCACCGCUGGGAUUUGUUUGCAGCAGCCUUGCUUCACCAGACAGUGGCCGAAAAAGUUAUCAGCUUUGCUGUGUAAAGCUGCGGUCACCUCACCAUCCCAUCAUUUGGCCCCUGCGUUGUGCGUGGCCAUCUCGUGCAUUUCGUAGUGGCGUCGUAGCAAACCGUGUGCGUAAAAGUUGGUCAAGUGGGUUGCGAAAAACGGGAACGCGGUCCGUGUCGGUGCUGCUUCUUCGGGCCUUUGUAGCGGAGCAGUGCUGCAAAAUUAUCCGCAUCAUCAUCUUUGCGCCCCCAACACACAGGCGGAAGGAACUCUACCGUUCACCACGGAUCCUUCCUCGGAGCGGAUUCAUCCUAUCCGCAGGAAAAACUGUGUUCCGGAAGGAAAGGCAAAAAACAGGCCAAACAACGACGAGACAACUGAACAAGGUUCAGCAGCAUUCCAGAGUCUGCCUGCAUCGGUUUUUGUUUUCGGAGUACAUCUAUCGCAUUGCUCUGGAUGAUUCCUCUGCAGAACGUGUACCAAAAUAAACGACAAAACGACAUCGAGACACCAACUCUUAACUCACUGAACUGAACUCUCCGGGACCGAGUUCCUCCGAUAUCGACGGGCAGCUAAACGCGGAAGCACAGUGAAGAACACACGGUGAAGUGCAACAAUCGAAGCGGCUUCACGUGUGUGGCGAUGAUCACCGGCAAGUCCGAGUUAGUGUCCGCAUAAGAUACACAGAGAGAUUAACGACGACAGUCCAAACCAAACCAAAAAAGAAAUAUUUAAUCCGUGCGACUCUUUUCGACCGAAGUGCAAAAGUGCGUGAUAAGAAGUAAUUGAUCAGCAAAAAGAGCCAGUGCGCGUUGUUGGCCAGAGUGUAAUCGAAAGUUUUGUGAAGCAUCCAGUCCAGUGUGCCGCCCCAAAAAGAGAGGGGAAUUAAGGCAAAAGCAUAUUGUGGCGCCCGCUCGCCAGUGUGUUGUUGAGUAUUGGGUCCGGCCGAAGCCUAGCUGGCGUGCACGACGGAUCAAUAUUUGGUGGAAGCAGCAGAGGACACCCGGAUCGACCAACGGGACAUCGGUUAUCAAUAUUUACCAGCAGAUCAAAACAUGAAAAUGGUGUUGUCACAACGGCAGCGCGAGGAGCUUAACCAAGCGAUUGCCGAUUAUCUGGGAAGCAAUGGGUAUACAGACGCACUGGAGGCCUUUCGGAAGGAGGCCGACAUGCCGAACGAGAUCGAGCGAAAGUACGGCGGGCUGCUGGAGAAAAAGUGGACCUCCGUGAUCCGGCUGCAGAAGAAGGUGAUGGAGCUGGAGGCGAAGCUGUCCGAGGCCGAGAAGGAAGUGAUUGAGGGCGCGCCGACCAAGGCUAAGCGUACGCCGAGCGACUGGAUACCGCGGCCACCGGAAAAGUUUUCCCUCGCCGGCCACCGGGCCACGGUGACGCGCGUCGUCUUUCAUCCGGUCUUCAGCAUGAUGGUGUCGGCAUCGGAGGACGCCACGAUCAAGGUGUGGGACUUUGAGACGGGCGAGUACGAGCGCACGCUCAAGGGCCACACCGACUCCGUGCAGGAUCUUGCAUUCGACUCACAAGGGAAGCUCCUUGCCUCCUGUAGCUCCGAUCUGUCGAUCAAACUGUGGGACUUUCAGCAAACGUACGAGUGCGUCAAGACAAUGCACGGUCACGAUCACAACGUGUCGUCGGUUUCGUUCGUGCCGGCCGGCGACUUCUUGCUCUCUGCGUCGCGUGACAAAACGAUCAAGAUGUGGGAGGUGGCCACCGGGUACUGCGUGAAAACGUUCACCGGCCACCGGGAGUGGGUGCGCAUGGUGCGCGUCAACGUUGACGGCUCGCUGAUGGCGUCCUGCUCAAAUGAUCACUCGGUACGGGUAUGGCAAACGAACUCAAAGGAGUGCAAGGCUGAGCUGCGAGAGCACGAAAAUACGGUAGAAUGCAUCGCCUGGGCACCAGAAUCGGCUGCAGCGGCAAUAAACGAGGCGGCCGGAGCGGACAACAAAAAGGGUGCCCACCUGGGCCCCUUCCUGGCGUCCGGGUCGCGAGACAAAACGAUCAGGGUCUGGGACGUCAGCUCCGGUUUGUGCCUGUUCACGCUGGCCGGCCACGACAAUUGGGUGCGUGGUAUCGUGUUCCAUCCCGGCGGCAAGUACAUGAUUUCGGCGAGCGACGACAAAACGCUGCGCAUCUGGGAUCUCCGCAACAAGCGCUGCAUGAAGACACUGUACGCUCACUCGCACUUCUGCACAUCGUUGGAUAUGCAUAAAUCCCAUCCUUACGUCAUAUCCGGCAGCGUGGACACGACGGUUAAAGUAUGGGAGUGUCGCUAAGUCAAACAAGUAUAAUAUCGCUACCAACAACAAGAACAACAACAACACAGCUAUUCUACAGUUUCUUCUCCCACACAACAGCAGCUUCUUUUGAGAUAGAGUAGUCAUGGGAGGCGUCCAGGCGGGUGGCCCUAGUUGCGCGUUUUAUUUUCGCUCUCCUCCGAUCUGAAGCAACCAGCAAUGAUGAGAGGAACACGAUUACCACCACAACACACAGCACACAGCCUGGUAGUUCUCAGUUCAUUCGGUUCGGAGCGCAAACCAGACGGCGGCGAGAUCACUUUCUUCUCCUCUCGCGUGACGGGGCUCUUGGCUCCGAACGUCCGGGGAGAGGUUUUUUAGUUCAAUAUUAGUACGUUUUUGUUCGUCCUUUUUCCGUUUCCGUUCGUUUUUACUAAUAACAAUGAUCCAACCAGGAGUGAUAAAGGAUCGAAGGAAUGCUCGUUUAAAACAGCGAAUGCUUGUGCUGUGUUGUGCGCAGAGUCACAUCAUUAAGAAGUGUUUCCGUUUCGCUCUUUGCGCUACAAAACAUUGUUAAAGACGCUACUCACAAUGCAUCAAAAUAGUGACACUAGAAAACACACACUUAGGCGGUACAUCAUAAAAACACACAAGUAAAUACAACAAAAGUAAUACUUAUUAUUAGCAACUCUACAAUUACACACACACACAUAAUGAUGCAGUAAUGAAACGUAAAGUUUUUUGCAUAAGGAGUGCAGCAGCAGCCGGCUUCUGUUGUUGCUGCUGCUACUGUGACACAUUUCUCACGUUGAAUCCCUAGUUCCCCAUUUAUGGGCUACGGCUGAAGCGGACACACUCGUUGCUCCUCGUACGAAGAAACGGUAGAACAAACCGGCUGGAUAAGGAUAACAUUUGUGUGGUUCAUGAACGGCAUACACUUUGUGAUGUGACCGAGUUAGGACUCAGAGAAUUGCUCAGUUUGCGAAGAGAUCGGAACGGAACGAAACACAUUAUGAAUAACCCUUAUUCUUAUCUUAUUAACGCGCGCGCUAAACACACAUUUCGUGAGCCGCGAUCGUACCGGCAGAGGAUCAUACGUCAUAUUGCGCGCGCGCCACCACAGAUCUGUGCCUAUCGAGAAGAUCAAGCUGUAGAAUGGAGGGAUGGAGAGAAAGAAUGGGUACGAUCGAGACAGUGCGCCACCCUCCCGUGCCAGCUGCGCCAAACAUCGAUCCUUACCACCAGCGGUCAGUAGCAGCAGCGAGCGUGUACCCCAAGGAUCAUCGCAUCGCGUUGGUGUCUCUGUGUGUGUGUGUUGCGUGCAUCUCGUGCGUCUCGUUUCUUCUCCGUUCGUCACAGCCCUUCCCGGGGGUCGUCACGAUGUGGUGUGGUGCUAUAUGCCGAGCACUCUUUCUCGUUUAUGCGCGCCACCACCGUGCUACAAUUGGUCACACCGCUUCGCUACCUUCUUCGCACUUCGGCCGGUUGGCCAGCAGGAUGCGGAUGGAUGCGUUUGUUGAAUGGAACGAUAUGUACAUAAAUAUUGUCUUCAUGUUUUGCUUUGCCGUAGUGAGUGUGGACCACCACGAAAUCCAGCCUCCUCCCCGCAUUGAAAUACUCUCGGAACUCUCGGCGGGGGGGAAAAGACUUCGUGCUUAACAAACUGAACACAAAAAUGCAUUGGCCGUCGUUACCGAAACGAAAGCAAGCGCACGGAGAAUGUGUUUUAUUUCACUUCCGUUCGCUCUCACUCUCUGUUUAUUGGUUCCGUUUCCUUUCUUGUACCUUUGUUCCGUUUUGUGAUUUUACCGUAAGUUUUUGUCUACACUCAUCCGAAUGAAGUUAUAUUUUAAUUAAGCCCUCUCGAAUGGGGCCGCCGCCGAAUUGGCUGCCCAGGUUUUCGGGCGGCCGUUCGCGGGGUCAGGCUGUAAUAAUAGAAUGAAGUGUAAAGCGAAUGUAUGUUCAAGCCAAAUACACACUUUCCGUCUGACACGCGGGUGGUACGCCACCGUGUCGGAUUGGAAGCGGCUGCGUAUUGUACAUAGAAGUCCGACGCGUGUGGUCACAGGGGUUUCUUUAUCAGAUCCCCGCCAAAACGGACACACUUUUCUCCACAAGAGUGUGCUUCGAAGCUCACACUGCGGGUAGUCCACAUUGUAAAUAUUAAAAGCACACGCAAUACAACGUGUUGAGCUGCGCGCAUAUAACGCUAUACACCGUUCGAACUCCUCGUCAUCGGCGUGUGAACUCGGAGCAAGAAGAGACAGCAGAGAGUGCCAACCACAGCAAAAGGUGCCUCCAAGAAGACACACUACCUCCGGCGCGCCGUGUGCGCGCUG